GACGAGACAGGACAAGCUGAGCGUUGAUUGGCGGAGAGAGCAGGAAUGCAGCUCAGGUGGAGAGAGAGAGAGAGAGAGCGCGAGAGAGAGAGGGACAGACAUUGUGUCUACUUCAGGACACUUUGUUGUAGUCGGAGUGAGUGGAGCUUUCGUGGAGGACGUUGGACUUGUUUGGACUCCUAAAUGAACAACAAAGAGAACACUUUAAGUACUUUUUUGGUUACUUUUCAACUUAGAGCGGAAAAUAGGAUUUAUCUACAUUUUUGUGCCAUUUUAAUGCCAUUUUUUGCUAGUCGAGUUUCGAAUGUAUUUGUUAGCAUAAAAUGUGGCACGAGAGCUUGAACACGAUGUGUUUGUGACAGCCGGAUGUCAAUAAAGUUUUAUUUUUUUUAUAAAGUUUUUUUUUUUUUUUGUCAAAGUAAGUCUUGAAUGAAGCCAAAGCAGAAUUGAAGAGGCGGGCCAUGGGAGGCUCUGACGUCCGUGUGUGGACGCUCUCAGCUGGGAUGCAAAGUGCGCCUGAGCCGCUCCGUUGGAGACCAUGAGAAGAGAGCCAAAGUGCACCUGACUAGCUUGAAGCGUGUGUCCACCGCCAUGUCCUCUUCCUGGGCGAGGAAGCUGACUCUGUGUGAGGCCCUGACCUUUGUCCUGCUGCUCGUCGCUCCCGUCUGCUUGCCCUCCCUGCAGAGCGCUUCCUGGGUUUCUGCGUGGGGUCCUUUUAACGAAACCUCUUUGGGCCGCCCGCCGCGACCCCGACGCCAACUGCACUUCAGGAACGAAUGGGCAAGCUGGAGCGGCUGGUCUGUGUGCUCGCGAAGUUGCGGCGGUGGUGCCUCUGUGCGCACGCGAACCUGCAUCACCAGAAACCCAGUGGGUGGACCAUGCGGAGGGGAUCCCAGGCAGUACAAGAUCUGCAACACCAAGGAGUGCCCUCCAGGCUCCGAAGAUUUCCGAGAGAUGCAGUGUGCUGCCUUCAAUGACAGACAGCUGGUGGCAGGAAACUCAUUCCGAUGGAAAACCUUCCAUGGAGGUUCCAACCCCUGUGAGCUCAGCUGCCUGGCCUUGGGUCAUAACUUCUACUACAACUUUGGUCGUGUGCUUGACGGCACAGCCUGCGACAAAGAGCCCGGAGCGAUGUGCGUCAACGGACGCUGUCUGAAACCCGGCUGUGACUCCAUCUUGGGUUCGGAGCAGCAAGAGGACGCCUGCAUGGUCUGUGGAGGGAAAAACACCACCUGCCUUCAUCACAGGAGUGUUUACCAGAGCAACGGCCUGGAGGCAGGUGGGCCUUUUGGAUACAAUGAAGUAGCCAAGAUUCCAGCUGGAGCCACUCACAUCCGAGUCACGGAUAACAGCCGGAAUUAUCUCGCUCUCCAGAACGGUCGUGCCCAGUUUGUGAUCAACGGGAACUGGAAGAUCAGCGUCCCCGGGGAGUACAACGUGGCUGGAACCAAACUUCUGUAUCGGCGCUCAGCUGACACCUGGGAGAGCUUUGAGGUCCCGGGGCCAACCCAGGAAGACUUGCGUCUAAUGGUUCUGGCCACGGACAGAAACCCAGGGAUCGAGUACGAGUACUGGUUGCCCCCAGACCAGUAUGACCUCUACCAUGGGAGGAGAAGCCCUCUGCGUCAGACUCACCUCUCUGACAGCUACCUCCCCUGGGAGCAACCCGGCACCACUACCACCACUACCACUACACGGCCCCCCCAGGUCACCACCCGCCCCCACUGGUCACAAAGAAGGCCAGUGAAGCCACCGCGCCAAUCUUCCCACCCCAUUCUGCCCCGCCUGGAACGAGAGGAAAACCACAGAAACCUCCUACCUCAGCCCUCGCCUGGAAGGCAUUGUGGGAAAUGUCGACGAGUUAAAGGUCGAAGAGAGCGCCAGAGACAGUAUUGCCAGAAGGAUUUCGUUUUUCGUGCCAGAGUCCUGGGGAAGCUUUACAGAGGCGCAGAGACGCGUUACGACGUCCAGAUCCUCCACACGUACCGUAACAGCUUCCGCCUGGAACACCGCGAGUUCCUCUGGGCCCCCAAUGUGUGCGACUGCCCCCAUCUGGAGCCGGGGAAGCAAUACAUCCUGAUGGUGCGCCGACACAUUAACUACGAGCAGACGCUAAACCGCAUCCUGUUGGAGGAGGACAGCUACGCGGCGCCGUACCGACCCCGAGAGGACCAACUCCUGCGGCCGCUGGAGAGGCUCUGCAGCAACAGAGGUCGGAAGCGGAUUGCGGUGUGAUUCCAAUGAUGGGAAGUCUCAUCACUCAUUGGACUCUGUUUCACUCUGGACCUUCAUCAGGAGGAACCACGUGUUUAUUUAAAAGCCCCCGCAUGGCUUUUCUAUAACAUAUAGAGCACUUUAGGUGGUCACAUGAUCCACCUGUAAACACGCCAAGGAGCUUUGGACUCAAAUAUGACAUAUAAUUGCUGGUUUUUCCAAAUAGAAUUAACUUUAUAUUCUGUAUUAUUUCUUUGUGUAUGCCAAAUUUGAGGGAAAAUCCAGCUCAGCACUAUCACUGUACCACUUUGAGGUACCACUUAUGCCAUAGCGGUACCCUGAAAAAUAGUUCAUAUAGUCAUUAUGUAAUUAUUUAUUUUGUUAUGUCUGAUCCUGGAGCUUCUAGGUCAAGUAUUCAUUCAUUCAUUUUCUACCGCUUAUGCUAAAAAUAUAAGCGUCGCGGUGGUGCUGGAGUCUAUCCCGGUUGUCUUCGGGUCAGGCGAGAGGCGGGGUACACCCUGGACUGGUGGCCAGCCAAUCACAGGGCACAUAUAGACAAACCCACGCAUACACGGGGAGAAUAUGCAAACCCCCACACAGAGAUGGCCGAGGGUGGAAUCGAACCCUGGUCCUCCUAGCUGUGAGGUCUGCGCGCUAACCACUCGUCCGCCGUGCCGCCCAUAAAAUAUUUUAAUUCUUAAAAUAUUUAAUUCUAAUCUCAUAUUGGCAAUUGUAUUGUAUAUUUAUUUCCUAUCAUUUGAGUGUUAAGUUGCUGUAUGAUGAUUUUAGCGUUCCUUCUAAGAUGACACCGUACAUCGAACUUGAGUCUCCUAGCUGUGAGGCCUUCGUACUAAUCACUCGAAGUAUUCAUUCAUUCAUUUUCUACCGAUUUUCCUCAUAAGGGUCGUGGGGGGUGCUGGAGCCUAUCCCAGUUGUCUUCGGGACAGGCGAGAGGCGGGGUACACGCUGGACUGGUGGCCAGCCAAUCACAGGGCACAUAUAGUCAAACAACCAUUCACACUCACAUUCAUACCUAUGGACAAUUUGGAGUCGCUAAUUAACCUAGCAUGUUUUUGGAAUGUGGGAGGAAACCGGAGUACCCGGAGAAAACCCACACAUGCACGGGGAGAACAUGCUAACUCCACACAGAGAUGGCCGAGGGUGGAAUUGAACCCUGGUCUCCUAGCUGUGAGGCCUACAUUUAGCCCUCAAUUUAGUUAUGUUUGUCUAUAAGGCAGGAAGACCAUUGAUCAAAUUUACUUAAGAUUUGUCAGAUCAAAUACAAGACUUCGGGCGAGAGGCGGGGUACACCCUGGACUGGUGGCCAGCCAAUCACAGGGCACAUAUAGACAAACAACCAUUCACACUCACAUUCAUACCUAUGGACAAUUUGGAGUCGCUAAUUAACCUAGCUUGCACGGGGAGAACGUGCAAACGCCACAAAGAGAUGGCAGAGCGUGGAAUCGAACUUGAGUCUCCUAGCUGUGAGGCCUUCGUACUAAUCACUCGAAGUAUAUAUUCAUUCAUUCAUUCAUUUUCUACCGCUUUUCCUCACAAGGGUCGUGGGGGCUGCUGGAGCCUAUCCCAGCUGUCUUCGGGACGGGCAAGAGGCGGGGUACACCCUGUACUGGUGGCCAGCCAAUCACAGGACACAUAUAGACAAACAACCAUGGGGAGGGUGUGCCCCGCUUCUCGCCCAAAUUAAUGCUAAACAACGAAGUAACAAUACAAUACAACAAUACAAUAUAUGGCUCUAAUACACCACAAGGAAGCAGAACACAAUUCCCAUGUAAUGUGUGGAAUGGUUGUUUGUCUAUAUGUGCCCUGUGAUUGGCUCGCCACCAGUCCAGGGUGUGCCCCGCUUCUCGCCCAAAGACAGCUGGGAUAGGCUCCAGCACCUCCCGCCACCCUGGUGAGGAUAAGCGGUAGAAAACGAAUGCUAAACGGCGAAGUAACAAUACAAUACAACAAUACAAUAGAUGGCUCUAAUACACCACAAGGAAGCAGAACACAAUUCCCAUUAAUGGUUGUUUGUCUAUAUGUGCCCUGUGAUUGGCUCGCCACCAGUCCCGGUUGUACCCCGCCCUUUUCUGCUCACAUGUGAUCAGUAUUUAAUUUUUUUCACGUCAAUGUGAACGCUACAAUUCAGAACUGGGUCCUCAUUUGUAGGUACUGUAGCUUUAAAUCUGAUAUGUAUCCCAUCUACUGUUCGCAUAUAUAUAUAUAUAUAUAUAUAUAUAUAUAUAUAUAUAUAUAUAUAUAUAUAUGACCUAUACGUUUACCAUGCGACACUUGGAUCUAACAAACUGGCAGUUUGGUGCGUUCAAGGAUGCCAAACAAAGUGCGAAAUCUGAACUGCGUGAGGAAAACACAUAAUCAGUGAAGCCUAAAUUCAUAUAAGCGUGAAAACUAUGGGCUUUUUUUUUAUAUAACAGUGGUACAUUUAUGCUGUACAUUUCACCGUAUUUAUAAACAAUGUGUUUUCUAAUGAACAAAAAAAAUAAUAAUUCAAAAAAAAUUUUUGACCAAAAAUCAUCUAAUGUGCGAGGAUCCACUGCAAAUGUGAUUCCGACAUGUGUUUUAACCGCUUAAUAUUAUUUUGACAAUAUAGAUAUGUAUGUGUCACUUUGCUACAGUUAUGUGCGUCAUGGCUGGUCAUCCGCCAUCUUUGAUGCUAAAUAUUUGCUUUACAAUACCAAAGGAAAUAUACAGUAUUUUAUUGUGUGGCACUGAUUGACUUCAACUAUAGAACUGUUUUGAAAGGAACUGUGUGUCUUUAAUGUCUCUCAACAUGAAUCUUAUGGGAGUCAAGUUUUUCCUCGUGGUCUUCCUAGCGUGAGGCGCCAAAGAAAAGGAAAGUGAAAAGUGAAGUGGAGCUUUUUUUUCCCCAGGAUAUGUACCAUAAUUUUAUUCAAAUUACAAUAAUUUUAAGAUUCCGGACGGUCACUAGCCAGCGGGCCGUAGUUUUGACACCCGUGGUGUUGAGUGAAAAAAAGUUAUCCUCCUAAUCCAUGUGGAAGUGGUAAGUUUUUUGCCAGAGUGAGGCAAAUAAAAUAUUCAUUCAUUCAUUUUCUACCGCUUUUUUUACCCGGGGGUGCUGGAGCCUAUCCCAGCUGUCUUCGGGCAAGAGGCGGGGUACACCCUGGACUGGUCGCCAGCCAAUCACAGGGCACAUAUAGACAAACCCACGCAUACACGGGGAGAACAUGCAAACCCCACACAGAGAUGGCCGAGGGUGGAAUCGAACCCUGGUCCUCCUAGCUGAGAGGUCUGCGCGCUAACCACUCGUCCGUUGUGCCGGCCAUAAAAUAUAUUAAUUCUUAAAAUAUUUAAUUCUAAUCUCAUAUUGGCAAUUGUAUUGUAUAUUUAUUUCCUAUCAUUUGAGUGUUAAGUUGCUGUAUGAUGAUUUUAGCGUUCCUUCUAAGAUGACACCGUACGGUAUAUUAACUCAUUCGCUACCAAAGACAAAACAGGACAGCAAAAAGUGUAUCUUCAGUGACAUAUUGCAGCCAAGGUCUUUGAAGGACUUCAGGAAGUUUUCCACCAGCUGCUUAUAAUGAUCUGCCUGGUAGUUUUCCAAUGCAAAAGUCAAUUUCUGCUAGCGUUCAUGAAAUUUCUUUACACGUAUUCAUUUUGUCCGCUUCCAAAAGAGAGAUUUCUGCAAAUAAAAAUAAUAUAUUUUAUGACAAAACUCUAGACAUAUUAAAUACAUAUACAU